AUGUCAGUCCACAGCGACAAUAAGGAAUCACCGCACCUACCCAAGAUGGAUGAGGCACACGAAGAGAUUCAGAUAGCUGAACAGCCAUAUACCAUCUUCAAUUCGCGAGCGAAAAAAUGGAUCAUUGCCGCAGUUACUGUGAUUGCGUGCUUUUCUCCGCUCGCCAGCAAUAUUUAUUAUCCUGCUUUGAAUACCCUGGCAACUGAUCUCCAUACAUCUUUGUCGUUGAUGAAUCUGACCCUUACCUCGUAUAUGAUUAUUCAGGCUAUCUCACCCACGAUUAUCGCAACGUUCUCUGACGUCACUGGCCGACGGCCUGCAUACUUUAUUUGCUUUAUAGUAUUCAUAGCAGCCAAUAUUGGCCUCGCGCUGCAAAGCAAUUACGUUGCGCUUUUACUCCUCCGUUGCCUCCAGAGUGCAGGUAGUUCAGCAACAGGGGCAUUAGCAAACGCGGUGAUUGCAGACACUGUAACUUCGGCCGAAAGAGGUAGCUAUAUUGGAUAUACAUUUUCCGGUGCAUUUGUCGGCCAAUCGGUCGGCCCUGUCCUUGGAGGAAUUCUGGUAUACACUGUCAGCUGGCGGUGGAUAUUCUGGUUCUUGGCUAUUUUUUCGGGCCUCCUCUUCAUCGGUUUUGUUUUGUUCAUUCCUGAGACAUGUAGGAAGAUUGUGGGAAACGGGUCGUUCGCUCCGCCUCGAUCGAGGAUCUUCCCACAGCCCGUGUUCUCUUCCUCUAGGACCAGCUCCGCUCCACUUACCCCCAGAGACGGUACCAGAAAAGGAUGGGGUGCCAACUUCUCUAUUCUGCUCCUUUCUCUGAAGAUUUGUUUAUUAAAGGAGGAAGGAGCAAUCCUUCUUUACAGCGGACUUAUUUUUGCGAGCCUGGCAGCUGUGGCUGCAGCUCUACCCUCCCAACUAUCCGCGCAGUUCAAAAUGAAUGAACUUCAAAUCGGCCUUUGCUGUAUUCCUAUGGGAGUCGGAAGCUGCGGCGCUGCGGCGGUUAUGGGAAAGCUGGUCAACUUUAACUACCAUCGGCAUGCGCGCCUGAAAGGAAUCGUCACAGACAGCCAUAACGACACUGACCUGCAUGGGUUUCCAAUAGAAGCUGCAAGAUUGCAAGUCGCAUUGCCUGUUCUAUAUCUUAAUUGUACUUUGCUAGUUUGUUAUGGGUGGAUCUUGCAGAAAGCCCACAGCCUGGGAGCAACUUUGACGUUCCUCUUCUUUCUGAGCUUCACGGCGACAGCGACGUUUAGUGUGCUCAGUACUCUUCUCAUUGAUCUUUUGUCUGACAAGCCCGGAGCAGCAGGCGCAGCAAACAACCUUACGAGAUGCUUACUUGGGGCUGGAAGUGCUGCUUUUAUUCUACCCCUAAUACAGAGGAUUGGAGUUGGGUGGGCUUAUACGGUGAUAGCUGGCCUCCUAACUAUAUUGAGCCCCAUUGUGUGGGUGAUAUUAAUCUAUGGGCAGCAGUGGAGGAGGGCAAGCCAGAAUAGUUGA